ACAAUGCACUCCCAUAUCAGCGGGAAAUAAAAAUGGCGAAUGUAUUAGGGGAGAAUGACCCGUUUGUUAUUUUCUAAACAACAUUUGUAUUGUGUCAUAUUUUGAGAGGAGCAUUUCAAAGAGAUUUACCGAUAUUCGGACAAGACGCCAAUCACCGGUUACGACCGAGUAUUUCAAUAUAUGUCGCAUUUUGACCCUCCUAACUGACCGAAUGAGAGACUCAACGGCAUUAGAGCGCUUGCCGGUCCACCAGCAGAAAGCACAUUCCCUUCGGCAGCAGUGCAAGACGCCAGUGUCCCUGACCAGCGUCCACUCUACCGAGGCUAGACAUGGAGGGGACACGGACACCAAGCUCGGCAACAAGUUUGAAGAGGGACAAGAGGUCCUAGCCCGAUGGUCGGAUGGGCUGUUUUAUUUGGGGACUAUCACGAAGAUAAAUAAGGACAAGCAACGCUGCUUUGUUGUCUUUGAAGAUUGGUCCAAGUCCUGGGUUCUGUGGAAGGACAUUCAGACAGGGGACGAGGGAGGAGAGGACAUGGUCUGCACAAUAUGCCAGGAUGAGUGCUCAGAGGAUCCCAACGAGAUUGUCAUCUGCGACAAGUGUGGACAAGGAUACCACCAGCUCUGCCACUCCCCCAUCAUCGACUCCAGCCUGAUCGACACCGAUGAGAAGUGGCUCUGUAGGGAGUGUGUGUUCGCCACAACAGAGAAGGGUCCCAAAGCUCUGCAGGAGCUGAAGCAAUCUCUGCCUUAUUCCCUGGAGGACCUGGUGUGGGACCAGGGACACAAGACCAACAUCCAGCAAUGCUACUGCUAUUGUGGAGGCCCUGGAGACUGGUACCUGAAGAUGCUGCAGUGCAACAGGUGUAAGCAGUGGUUCCACGAGGCAUGUAUCCAGUGUUUUAAGACGCCCAUGCUCUAUGGAGACAGGUUCUAUCUAUUUAUUUGCUCAGUUUGCAGUAGUGAACCAGAGUACCUCAAACGACUGCCUCUUAGAUGGGUGGACGUUGCACACCUGAGCCUCUACAACAUGAGUGUGAUUCACAAGAAGAAGUACUUUGAUUCUGAGAUGGAGCUGAUGACUUACAUCAAUGACAACUGGGAGCAACUGCAGCUCGGGGAGCUUUCAGCUACUCCUCAGUCGGACCGAUAUGAAAGUAUUUUGGAAGCACUGAAUAGCAACCACAGCAUGUUCAUGUCAGGGAAGGAGAUCAAGAAGAAGAAGCACCUCUUUGGGCUGAGGAUCCGUUUUCCUCCGGGUCCCCAGAGCUCUGACCUGCUGGCCAACAGAGGGGAGCCAGAGAGGGCCUCCAACGAGAUCAAGAUCAAAGGCAGGAAGGCUAUCAAGCCUCUUUCUAACACAAGUGAAGUAACCAAUGGCGUGGUGAAGAAGACCAAGAAGAUGAAGAAACAGGGAGGUCACUCCCUGGCGACUCUGGCCAAGCUAAGUCGCUCCAGUGAACUCUUGGCCCAGGAUAUGAAGCCACCACCACCUCUGGAUUCCCAGUCCUUAAGGAGCAGCAGGAGUGACAGAUCUGUUCCCUCCUCCAGUACCUCCGAGAUGGAAUCCAUCAGUGCCGUCCGCACAACUGAAACUACCUCAACUAGCCUCUCCAGACAGUCCAGCUUGUGUAGCUCCAGUAAGACGUUCACGGGUCGCCACUGGCCCAUCGCCCAGCCCCCCCUGAAGAGGAGACGGGGCCGGCCACGUCGGGCCCCCCUCCAGCCUCCCAACCCUGAGAUCCCCCCUCACCAGCCAGACCCCCACCACCUCCCAGAGCUCCCCAACCCCCUGCUGGGGCUCCACUCCACGGACAUAGUGCACGGGCUGGGCCAAGGUGGUCAGCUGUCCCACCUGAAGAGCUCAAUCAGUAGCUACUUUGGGGUGGCAGGCCGCCUGGAGUGCGGGGAGAAGUACCGCAUCCUAGCUCGCCGGGUCACCCUGGAUGGCAAGGUUCAAUACCUGGUGGAGUGGGAGGGUGUCACUGCCUCCUAAACUUGUCAUAUCGCUUAUGUAUCGCAUAACAUGUUUACACAGCGUUUAUAAAGCAUUAUAAACUGGGUGGUUCUGAAUGCUGAUUGGCUGAAAGCUGUGGUAUAUCAGGCCGUAUACCACGGGUAUGACACACUUUAUUUUUACUGCUCUAACUACAUUGGUAACCAGUUUAUAAUAGCAAUAAGGCACCUCGGGGGUUUGUGGUAUAUGAACAGCCCUUAGCCGUGGUAUAUUGGCCAUACACCACACCUCCUCGGGCCUUAUUGCUUAAUUGCACUCCUCUUCUGAGAUCGGGCUCCCCCGUGUUGCCCAGUCUGGAACGGCGCUUGCGUUUCCAGUGAUAUGCUCCAGUGAUAUGGUCUUUCUGUGACUUGUCUUUUGUGUUUCAGAUCUGUUUCGGUUUUGUAAACUGAAGAGGUUAAGAGAUCAGCUUUGGCAGAAUGUAAAAUGAAUGGUGUUUAGAGUGGUUAGGUAAAGGGUGUGAAUGGUGUUUGAGUGUCUUUGCGCCUGAAUUGAUAUGUUGAAAGUGUGCCUGUUUGCGAGUAGUUGAUGUUCGAGAGGGACUCAAACAACAGAGAUGAUGUUGUGCUGCUGCAAACCCGUUUUAUUAUUAUUGUUUAUUAUGAAUUAUUAUAUAUAUCUUUACUUUUCUACAUUUUUAUUGAUAUGCCUCGAGUGUCUAGUGAGACACAGUUCAUUUUUUUACGAUUUGGAUUUGAUUGCACAUACUGUAUCAAGUUCAGCCUGUCAUACAGCAAUUCUCCUGAACCCGUUGUACCCAGGCUCAUAAAAUCACUUAGAUAUGAAGUUUCUCUUUUCAGUCUUUGGCAGCUGAAAGCGUGUAACCUCUAGCUCUAAUCUCUGCUUAAUGUUUUGCAAAUCAUCUCACUAUGAAUAGUAUUAAUUUCACUGUGUUCUAGUCCCAAUCUACACUGUCAAGAUUUUACUCAGACUUUUUCUAACGCAUUAUUAAUUACUGGUAGAAUUUGCUUUGAGGGCUGAGCUUGUGCGAAAGAACGUUAGUGACUGAAUUCAUGUGUCAUGUGGUAACUGGUACCGUUAGGCCUUGUGUUACAUUUGAAAGGUUGAGUAAUGUACCCACGUUUUUACUUGUGUUCUACAAUAUAUGUUCUGAAGAUAUACAUUUGUGCGGCAUUUUUUUAAUAUGCAAUCAUUGUACUUUUAAAUAUCUACAGUUACAUUUAUGAACCUCUUAAAGAACUUUGUUCCUUAAUUUUCUUCCCUCUGUGUGGUUAUAUUUUAUGACUGAUCAGUGCGAACAUUGAAUGCAAAAAUCUCAUGGACCUUUUCACUUAAAUAAAACUGAUUUCAGUUCUUAAAACCGCCUAUGCAACUUAAGUCUCGAAAGACAAUUGUUUUUGUAUUUCAAUCACUUGACCGCAAGAUUGGCAUCAGCAACAAACCGCAAAAAUAUUUUGGUUACAUCUGACUCUGGCCUUUUUUUUUUUUUUUUUCAGGUGCUAUUUAUUUCACCUUUUACUCCUCAGAACUGUGCACUUAGUCAGAUGUCUGCUGGUACAACCAAGCUCACCUAGAACCCACUCAGGAUAUGCUCAGCAACUUUAUUGUAUGUACGACGUACUCAAAGAUUUGGAAUAUAACAUGUUAUUGAUGGAACAUUUUCUGUGGUGUCAGUAUUUCAUUGAAGUUAAUUUAAAAGAAAAUGUAGCAUUCAUUUAGUCAUUGCUCUGUGACUGGUUGUUUUCAAAAAGCUGCAGUUCAGUCCAUUGUGCUUCAGGGUCACAAGUGUCUCUUAGUUCAUCUGAAAACAUUAUCCUCCACUUAUCACAUGUAGUAUUUACUCUUCAUUUCCCUUCACCUCUGAGGGGUUAGGUUCAAUAUAGAAGAACAUUUCAGUUGAAUGCGUUGUUGUAUAACUGACUAGGUAUUCCCCCCCCCCCUCUGUUUCAUUGUAAGAGGUCAAGCAGUUAAUGCCUCUUGCUGUUGGAUUAUGUUUUGUUAUUCUCAGAAAAUGCCAUUUUCCCCUUGAGGCAGUGGAGUUGGGUCAAGUCGUUGAUACCUCUUUAUUCAUGUUUUUUUUUUUUUUAAGAGUGAUUUUAAGCUUUUCUUCUGUAUCAAACUUUAUUGGUCACAUACACAUUUAGCAGAUGUUGUUGCGGGUGUAGUGAAAUGCUUGUGUGUGUGUAUGUUGUUCCAGUGUUAGACCCCUGGAUCUUUCUGUUUUCUACUGGCUUUGGGCAGGCUUCUUCAGCCGAAUAAUAAAUAUCUAAAAGGCC